AUGUCUCCCUUGUUCCUUGCGCUGCUCGUCGCGUUCGCGUCCGCGACGGCGGCGGCGGCAGCCCUCGACGACAGCGCGAGAGGCCACGGCCACCGGCUGAAGUCCAGGACGUUCCUGUCCCCGCCCUUCUCCCUGCGCCCGGGCGCCGUCUCCAACAAGUGGUACAUGGACGUGGCCUUCCCGCGCGGCCACCUCGCGCUCAAGAGCUUCAACGGCGAGGUCGUCGACGCACGCGGCUCCCCCGUGCCGCUCUACGAGACCUACCUCCACCACUGGCUCGUGGUGCCGUACUACCCCGCGGCGAGGGGCGGGGAGGGCUUCCUGAUGCGGACCAACUCCGGCGUGUGCCGGGACACGCUGGGGCAGUACUUCGGGCUGGGCGCCGAGACCCGGCACACCGCGACGUGGGUGCCCGACCCCUACGGCGUCGAGGUCGGGGGCGACCCGCCGCCGGAGGGGUACGGGGAGGAGAGGUGGGCGCUCAACGUGCACGCCAUCGACACGCGCGGCGCGGCCGACCGGCCCGGGUGCACCGAGUGCAGGUGCGACCUCUACAACGUGACGGUGGACGAGGACGGGCGCCGCAUCGGCGCGGGGUACGCCGGCGGCACGCGCUGCUGCUACGACCAGACGCGGUGCAGGGUGGAGGACGGCUUCGUCGACGGCGAGCCCCGGGAGCUGUUCCUGCGGUACACCGUGAUGUGGGUCGACUGGAGCGACGCCGCCGUCGUGCCGGUGAGGAUCUACAUUCUCGACGUCGCCGAUGAGGCGCUGCUCCAGGGGAAAUCCAAGCCUGAUUGCAUGCUGGAGUACACGGUCGAGGAAUGCAGCUCAGAAAGCCGAGCGAGAAACGAUUGCGUCGACGUGAAGGUGGCCAAAGAGGUGUUGCCGCGGGGAGGCGACGUCGUCUACGCCGUCGGGCACCAGCACGCAGGUGGCAUCGGAACUUCUCUACACGGUCAGGACGGGCGGCUGCUGUGCUGGUCGACCCCGACGUACGGCUCCGGGCACGAGGCCGGCAACGAGGCGGGGUACGUCGUGGGCAUGUCGGCGUGCUACCCGGAGCCGGGCGCCGUGAGGGUGCGCGACGGCGAGGCGCUGACCAUGGUGUCCAACUACACCGGCGAGCGGCGGCGCACGGGGGUGAUGGGCCACUUCUACCUCCUCGUGGCCGACGGGCGGGAGGAGCCGCGGCAGCAGCAGCCGGCUCCCAGCAAGCGGCGGCGGCGGCCGUCGCUGUGCUUCAGCUUCCCCGUCCCAUGGUGCGCCCCUGCAUGGCUGUCGAUCGGGCAACCUGCCAUGGAAGACGACGAUGCCUAGAAAGCAAGCACAAGCAUGAGUGAUGAGUCGGCAAGGAGGACGAGCUAGCCGCAAUCAUCAUGUAUACGUCGUCGCUCC